GCAUGUUGUAAAAAGAUAUUGGAUAACCAUAGUUCUUCUGUCUCGAACUUGAUGGAAAAAGUAGAUUAACAAAGUUUGCAGUGUGUGAAAAGGAUGCCGGUAGAAGCAGAUGGGACCCUUUCGAAAUGGCGCCUCCAAGAGGGCACAGAAGCUGAUUCGAAGCGUGCCCGACCUGCGACACCGAAGCGCGUGAAUCUACCGCAGGACUUCAUGAAGAGUUGCCGUGUCGUCCUUCGUGACACACAGGUCGGUGAUUGACAGGGGAUGAAGAAAGUGACUAUCUAGAGGUUGUCCGAACGUGGCAUGCAUGGUUGUACGCUCCUUACGCAAAAUCUUGUUCCUCGUUUGCUGUAGCGAAGCAUGUUUUUCCGAAGCUGACCAAGAACGAGUACACAACUAAAAAGGAAUUGGAGAUCGGCAAGAUGACGGUCAAUCUGGUUCCAGGCUUUGCGGUGGAUGUGGCAGUGGUGAGAGGAGAUUUUGGUGACCUCUGCAUGGAGAUUGACGGGAAAUCGCAGUCGCUUUACAAUAUGAUGAACGCGUGCACAAAUGUGGAGAAAAUGCUGGGAGAUGAUCCGACAAGUCUUCCAAUAUUCAAAUCUUUCCCUUCGGUAUGGGGAAAGCGUGGCAUCAUGUUCAUCGAUCGGUUGGAAAUUCAUGACUCACGCUUUUUCGGGCAAGGUUUUGGGUCCAUGUUUUUUAACACGGGUUUAGAGGAAAUCGAAAAUGGAUUCCUCAACGGAACGGGUCCGGUCUACCUCAAGCCCUUUCCGCUACAGUGGGAGUGUCGAGGUGCUUAGAUUUGAAAAUUACUAAUGUACGUUGGAACAAAACGCAAGCAAUGUGCUUUCAGACAAAUAAGAGACCUGAAACUACAAUUCAAAAAUAUGAAUAUCAUCCUCCUUAGAUCAGCAGGGUCAUGUUGGCUCGUGAAGGCCCAAGUUUUGGAACACUGUCAGAUCCUGAACCGAUGGAGCCAACGAACGGGGAGAAAAGAAACAACACGCAGACACUUAGAAAGUGAUAGGCUGGUGGAAAGUGAAUGGAUGUCGUGAUGUUGCCGGCUCCAAGGGCGUCGGCUUCGAUGAAUACAAAUAACACGGUUACCUGGUGCGCGGUGUUUCCGCUGAAUAAUGUUCACCUAUGGUGUUCUUCGAGGAGCCAGCGUCUUUUUUCACGAAGAGGCAAAUAGCUCUCAUGCGCAAUCACUCUGCUGCCGAAGCAAAAACCCAAAGACUGGAUAAAAUGUUCUGCCUGCAUCUGAUUCCCUCUUUCCAAUAGUUUUUCACAUAAACCAACAUCGACCUUGCAUCAUAGUUGAACGUCUAAGGAUAUAUAUAAAUAUGGGAUCCCCUAACCGAGAAAGUGACCGAAGCCUAAUCUAAGCGAGUGGUUGAACAACUGAUUUCUGGGGAUGCUCACAGCGAUAAUUAGCAUGUGAGGGCUAGUCUUUGGAAUGAAAAAUUACUAUGAUUAUAUAUACAAGAAACCGGGGUCGCCCCUUGGGCGACCCCUCCUUGAUAGCAGCACAGUCACAGGCACAGAGUA